UUUAUCUGCAAAAUGGCCGCCACCGGAGUUCUCCCAUUUGUCAGAGGAAUAGAUUUGACAAAAAAUGACUUUCAGGAGUCUAAAUUUCCUAAGCAUAUUGCUGAUAUGACAGGACUGAGAUGGCUCAAGUUGAACAGGACUGGGCUCACAGAAAUGCCAAAAGAAAUGGGAAAUCUGACAAAACUGGAACACCUGUCUCUUAUAAAGAACAACAUCAGCUCUCUAGGUAGAGACGUAGAGAAGCUUACAUCGUUGCGCACCAUCAACUGUAGACACAACAAACUCACAGACAAGGGUAUUCCUAACAAAGUCUUCCAACUGCAAGAUCUUUCUGUGGUGGACUUCAGCCACAAUGAACUGAAUGAAGUGCCUCCUGAGUUAGAAAAUGCAAAAGGGGUCAUAGUGCUUAAUCUUAGCAAUAACAACAUAGAAAUGUUGCCAAAUCAAAUGUUCAUCAAUCUGCUCGACCUUACCUACCUAGAUUUGAGCAAUAAUGGAUUAGAGACACUGCCACCCCAGAUGCGACGGUUAACGAGUCUACAGACAUUAAUCCUUAACAACAACCCACUAGUACACGCCCAGCUCCGGCAGGUCCCCGCCAUGACGGCACUACAAAUGUUACACAUGCGUAACACACAGAGGACAAUUGCAAACUUCCCCUCAGGGCUUGACUCCCUCACAAACCUUCUAGAUGUGGAUCUGUCAAGGAAUGACCUGCCUAGGAUACCAGAGCCCCUGUACAAACUCAGCUGUCUGACGCAUCUCAACCUCGCUGAUAACCAGAUCACUGAACUAUCACUUCUCAUAGACACCUGGGUCAAUCUGCAGACAUUGAAUCUCUCCAGAAACAAAAUACAGACCCUUCCUAACUCCUUACACAAAAUGCAGUCAUUGAAGAAGCUGUAUUUGAACUCAAAUCAGCUGGAUUUUGAGGGCAUCCCUUCCAGUAUCGGCAAGCUACACAACCUUGAGGUGUUCAGUGCAGCCAACAACAACAUUGAGAUGAUCCCUGAAGGCCUGUGCAGGUGUGGGAAGUUAAAGAAGCUAUUGUUGAACAGUAACCGGCUGAUCACCCUACCUGACAUCCUCCAUCUACUACCUGAACUCGAGACCUUGGAUGUUCGUGACAAUCCUGACCUUGUGAUGCCCCCCAAGCCUGCUGAGCUGACAAAGGACAAGGGGUACUAUAACAUCGACUUCUCCCUUAACAACCAGCUCCGACUGGCCGGGGCACCCACUGCUGCUGCGCAAACAUCACCACAACCUGCAAAGGAUCCGGUAGCACGUAAGUUGCGUCUGCGUCGUCGCCGUGGCAAACAGGACGAGAGUGAGAAGGUGCUGCAGGGGAUGAGGGACGUAGCUAAGGACAGGGACAAGGCUGCGGUCACUCAGAAGGAGGAGGAGGAGAAGAUGGCUCAUAAGCCAAAAAAGUGGAAUGAAAACCUGAAUAGACCUCAUCUAGACUACAGUGAAAUAUUUGGAGAGGAAGUUGGUCAAAUACCAGGUAUCACAUGCUGGGAGAUUGAAAACUUCCUUCCAAACCAAGUGGAAGAUGUUUUGAUUGGGAAGUUCUAUGAAGCUGACUGCUACAUCAUCUUGAAGACAUUCAUUGAUGAAACCAACAGUCUCAACUGGAAGAUCUACUACUGGAUUGGCGAGCAAACCACUCUGGACAAGAAGGCUUGUGCGGCAAUCCAUGCUGUUAACCUGCGUAACCUGCUUGGUGCUGAGUGCCGAUCAAUACGUGAGGAGAUGAAUGAUGAAUCAGAUGAUUUCCUUGACCUGUUUGACAACCCUGUCUCCUACAUCGGGGGUGGCCGCACAGCCAGCGGUUUCUUCACUGUUGAAGAACUGUCGUAUGAAACAAGAGUGUACAGAGCCAUUGGUGUGCAGUCUGUGUAUAUGGAAAGGAUGCCGGCCAAAAUGACAUCUCUAGAUCCGAGGUUUGUCUAUUUGGUGGACACAGGAAUGGCCAUAUUUAUCUGGGUCGGCAAAAAGUCCAAGGGCGUCACCAAAACCAAAUCCAGGCUGAUAGCAGAGAAGAUCAAUAAGAAUGAACGCAAGGGCAAGGCUGAGAUAGAGGUCCUCCCCCAGGGUAGUGAAGUGUCUGCCUUCUGGAGGGCUCUCAAUGUUAUGAAAGCAGAGGAUGUCAAACCAUUAAAGGAGUGGGUUCCUAAUGACUAUGAGAACCCGGAGGCGAGGCUUUACAAGGUUGGGCUGGGCAUGGGAUACCUAGAACUGCCCCAGGAGGAGAUCCCACAUGGGAAGCUGAAAAAGAGCAUCCUCGACACCAAGCAGGUGUACAUCAUGGACUGCAAGUCUGACGUGUUCGUCUGGAUCGGCAAAAAAUCCACACGACUGAUCAGGGCGGCAGCCCUCAAACUGUCCCAGGAGCUCAAUGCUAUGCUAGACCGACCCGGCUACUGCACGGUUACAAGAUGUCUGGAGGGGACUGAGCCACAGAUAUUCAAGACCAAGUUCCUGGGCUGGGACGAUGUGUUACCAGUGGACUACACCAGGACUGCUGAGUCUAUCACCAGGAGAGGGGCCGAUAUGAAGGUGAUAAUGGAGAGGGACAAGAUGAAGACGGACCUGUCUGCCCUGUUCAUGGCCAGACAGCCAGCUAUGCCUAAGGAGGAGGCAGAGCAGUUGAUAGAGGAGUGGAAUGAGGACCUUGAUGGCAUGGAGGCCUUCGUCCUCGAGGACAAAAAGUUUGUACGGCUUCCUGAAAACGAGAUUGGUAUAUUCCACAGCGAGGACUGCUACGUGUUCAUGUGUCGCUACUGGAUACCAGAAGAGGUGCCGGAGGAUGAGGACGAAGAUGAAGGAGAACCCCCAGAGGAGCAGAUCAAGUGUGUCGUCUACUUCUGGCAGGGACGAGACGCAGGAAACAUGGGAUUUUUCAGGUUCACCUUCAGCCUACAGAAGAAGUUUGAGGCCCUGUUUGGAGACAACCUGGAGGUGGUGCGGACCCACCAACAGCAGGAGAACCUCAAGUUCAUGUCCCACUUCAAGCGCAAGUUUGUCAUCCGUAGGGGCAAACGAACCAAGGAGCCCAAGAAACCACAGGUUGAGUUCUUUGAGCUCCGUGCCAAUGGUGGGAUCAUCUCUACUCGAUGUAUACAGAUACGUCCACAUGGAUCAUUUCUCAACUCAUGUUUUUGUUACAUCUUGAUGGUUCCGUUUGAUACGGAGGACCUGAAUGGUGUGGUGUAUGUGUGGUGUGGUAGCAAGGCGGACCACGAGGACGCCACUCUGUCUGAGCAAAUAGCCUACAUGAUGUAUAAGGACAACUACACUGUCCAGAUGAUCAAUGAAGGGGAGGAGCCGGAGAACUUCUUCUGGGUUGGCAUAGGUGGACGGAAACCUUAUGACCAUGAGGCCGACUUCAUGAACUUUGCCCGUCUGUUCAGGUGUUCAAAUGAGAAAGGCUACUUCGCUGUAUCAGAGAAAUGUGCCGACUUUUGUCAGGAUGACCUAGCUGAUGAUGAUGUCAUGAUUCUGGACAAUGGUCAGCAAGUCUACCUCUGGGUGGGCAAGAAAACUUCUGACGUUGAGAUCAAACUUGCAUUUAAAAGUGCACAGGUAUAUAUCCAACAUUUACGAGCCAAGCAGCCAGAGCGACCCCGUAAACUGCUGCUGGCCAUGAAGUACAAGGAACACAAAAACUUCUUCAAGUGUUUCCACGGCUGGGGGAAAUACAAGGAAGUCAGGGAGUGAACUAACCUGUGACAACAGUGGGACUUUAUACAGUUAAAGCUUGCUACUGUGUACAGGAGAUCACACUGAAUCCAGAUAAGAGAGAAGACAAUGGCCAUGUCUUCAAUGUGAUCAAAGUCCUCUCAGGAGGACAAUAAUUUUUCGCAGUACUUAAAGCCAAAUGUUGUUAAAGAUGUGAAGCCAUGUUAAUUCCUACAUUAAAUAUAAUAUGAACUUAUCCUUCGUGCAAUAUUGUUGUCCAAGAGAAUAUCUUGUGUAUAGUGCUUCCAGAUAAUAAUAGUUCACAGCAGUGGUUAAAUGCUUCUCCAGGUACCCUUCGUUACAACAGUUAAGGCUUAUGUAUGUGAAACAUAUUGAGCUCUGUUAUAGAUGGGGUUAUUUCAGACAAUUGUUUUAUGAAUAAGUACAAAAUGAAUAUUCAAGAUAUAUUACGAUUACUACACUUUGCUUUUGACAGAAUGUUUGUGUGCACUUAAUAUGUGAAUGUCUUGGAAAUUUCAAAAUAAUUGUGUGUAUGCUUUUAUUAUUAGCUGACCUAACUGAUAAGAUACCCAUGUGUGUACACUAAUGUAAUUAGACUGCAUUAUAAAGUCAGUUCACUUUACUGUCCUAAAAACUAGCCCUGUGAUAUUUCUCUGUUAAAUGCAUGUUGUAUAACAAUGUUUGCUGUGACUUUUCUGUUUGUUGAUGAAUGUUUUAUUGUAUGUAAUCUUCAUGACAUUGUCCUGAUUUGUAACACAUAUAAUCAAUGUAGUGAUAUUCCAGAGAUAUCACUAAAUAUUCCCUUUGCAGGGGUCCUUGGAUUGUUAGAUCUGAUCGGAUUAUAUAUAUAUAACCUUUUACAUGUUGGAUAUAAUUAUUCCAUUGCUUAUAAUGUUAAGAAUAUACAUGUAAUCUGUAUUUUACAUGUACCUUGUGCAUGUCUCAUGUAAACUUUGGCAACCCAGUUUAAUUGAUUUCAUCUGAUAUCUGUACUUGGUUUAGUUUGUGAAUGUGAUUGUCUUAUUUGGCACAUUAAGUUAAAUGUUGAUAUUUGAUAAGUGUUAAUCCUGGUGAAAACUUCAUUCGCUGGAGGCCUGAUUUUCACAUGAGUAAGUGUCUGUAGUAGUGAAGGCUGAUAACGUGCCAGAAAUCUUCCACAGAGAAACCCCAUUGUAAUCAUGUUAAUAAUUAUUGCAUUUCUAUUUAUAACUUUAUUGAAAUACGGAAAUAAAUAUUCCAAUAUUCC